ACCCUUUGCUUUCCUCUUUUUCACCUUUCACAUCUUUCUCUGCCCCCCCAUUUCAAAGUUGAAAAUUUUACAACAUAACAAGGUAUCUUCCCCAAACCCCAUUUUUGGCUUCCCUCUUCCUCUCCUGGAUGCAUGAUUUUUGUAUAUAUUCUUCAUCUUGCAUGGCUGGUGAUGGAACAUCCUCUGUUGUCUCUCCUCUGACCCUCUUCUUCUUCCUCCUAAUCAUGAUGUUUCACCUUCACUCUGCUACUUUGGCCACCACAGACCACUCUGUCCCACACAUAACCUCAAGAAAAUUUGGCAUGGCCUCCGCAUCCCUGACUAAUUCAAAGACUAAAGCACUCACUACUCCUCCACCUGUUCGAAGAAGAUCUCCUCUGCCAUGGCAAGAAAGAAUCUUCAAUACCAGUGCUCAUGAAGUUCCUAGUGGUCCAAACCCCAUUUCAAAUAGGUAAACAAGAUCAAAACCUAUAUAUUAUAAUUUCAUGGUUCCGGAUUGUGUGUUUGAUUUGUACUGCAGCUGCUCAUCAUAUAUAUGCCAUACCCGGCUAGCUGUAUCCUUAGGUGCCUUUUAGUUCUUCUUCUACAGGAAUUGGAUAUUAUUGUGUGAUAUCAGUACAGUACAUUCUUAUUAU